AUGACUCUCCUUCCACCUGUUAGACGGGCAUUGCCAUUGAUAGCAGCGUCGGUCCAUUGCCUUCCAGACCUACUGUGGCUGUCGUGCAUCGUCACCUACUGUUUCCUCAGCAUUUGGGGCCUUUAUAAAGCAAUGAACGCCAAAUCGCCUUGGGAAAGGCGGUUGUGCUUCUCACCACCCUUCAUGAUGCGCAUGCUGGUGCUGGUGCUAAGGUCACUAGGGGUCGGUGGUGGACACCCCGACGCUUUCACCCACGUCGUUCUUCAGGAUCUGAUAGCCGUGAUCGGGGGCACGAUAGGCGCCAUGCGAGUGCCGGAAAAAUGGAUCCCGGGCUGCUUCGACAUGCUGUUCAAUUCGCACAACAUCAUGCACGUGAUGGUGGUGGUGGCCGUCUGCUCGAUGCACGCGGCUACUCUCCACGACCUCGCCUGGAUGCUCGAGCCCGAGGUCUGCAGCGGCAGCGGCUCGCCCGACGAUCUCGUCCCGCGUCAUCCGGAGCUCUGA